GACAGCGAAACUUAAGCCACUAUCCUGAUGGAUCUUCGAACUUUCUUCGAUAUUUUUUAUCAUUUCGUAUUGUGAUUAUCGUAAACUCGUUUCAAUCUAUCCCCUGAUCAACAACGAUCUCUGAGAUACCCCGUAGUAUUUAUCUUCCGCUGCAGAAAUUGUUCGCCCCUCAAUUUAUGGUUAGUGAUUUGUAGGGUCUGCUAAUUUCAAGCUUUUCUAGUCAUGACGUCUUGGCUCAAAGCAGCAGAAGAUUUGUUGGAAGUAGUGGACAGGAAGGCAAAGCUUGCUGCUGGUGAGAUUGGGGAUGAGCAGCCUAGUUCUCAGGCAUCAGCUCCCAAUGGACAAGGAUCUCAACCAAAGAGAUCAAAGCCAAAAAAGAAGCCUCAAAAGCGAGUUUCCUCCCAUGAAACAUCUGAUGCACUUGAUAUUGAAAGAAAACAAACUUACAAAGAAAUGCCAGAGUCAGAUAUGGAUAAAGAUAGAGAUAAUGCCAUUCUGCUUGUUGAAAAUAGUCAGACACGUCCAGACAGUUUUAGUGACAAAGCUACCAAUAAAGAGAACCAAGAUGUGGAUACAUUUGAUACUUCAUUGGAUGCUCCUGUAUUUGAAACGAUCUCCAAUAAUGCUACGAGUAGUGUUUAUAACAUGGAAGCAGAAGCAGGUGGAAGUGAUGUAAAAAAUAUACCCUUGAGAUCAAAUCAUAAUCAUACACAUGAAAAUAUAUUAGAAGUUCAUGAAGGCACUCUUCCACAAAAUGCUUCUAGUGUCGUCAAUGAUAAUACCUUACACAAUGUUGGACCAGUUGAGCCAAGCCACUCCACUGUCCUUGAUGAUGCAGAAUCACCUGAGAACAAUGAGCAUGGAGGACAUCAAUCUGUAAGUGGAGAUUAUCUUGUUAAAGAUGAUAAGCGGAUAGAGGAUAGUAGUACCUUGGCUGAAAAAGGGUCAGACCUAAACAAGCUUCCAGUUCAAAAAAGUAAUACCACUUCCAGUUAAGUGGAAGACCAACUCAACGAGGUAAAGGAUACAAUAAUAUUAGCUGUGGGUGUUUUUUGUCUUUGUCACGUGGACAUUUUAGAAAUAUUUCUGUAUUAAUUCAGGCUCAAUGCUUGCUUAAAAAUACAAGUUCUACUGGUCAGUCAAAGAGGCACGUUUGGCUCGGGUAUUUCAUCAUGCAACAGUAUUACAUAAUUUUUUUCCACAUUUCUUUUUUUGUUUGUCCCGAAAAAGGUUCGACUUUCAUUUUGAAGAAUGAAAUGCGUGACUCUUA